AUUGCAGUGAGAAUGUGGAAUUCAUUACCAGAGGCCGUGGUUGAAACAGAAAGCAUCAGUUUCAUUUAAAAAGAAACUCGGUGUUUACCUGCAAACAUGAUUGCUGUUACGUGAUUUCACGGUAACUGAAAAGAAAUUGAGAAAUGCUGUACUGAGAGAUAACAGAUAAUGGAAUGGGUGUUGCUCAGCAAAAGUACUACUGCAACAACACAUCAGGAGGGUAAAACGGCACUGCUCGGCAGUCUAAGCCCAGCUCACGGUCUCUAUUUGCGGGUGAACAAUCCAACACUUGCCCCACUUCCGGUACGGUUGCUAGGGCGACGGAGCCGCUUCGUGUCAUCUCGGAAGAAACGAAGCGUCAAAAAUAACAGCGGUGAUCUUUCUCACUGAAGUUGCUGUUGCUGAGAGAGAGAGCUUACUUGAAGAGGCACUGAUUCACCGAAAAGAUGUCGAAAAAAAAGGAAAAGAAGAAAAAGGAGAAGGGAGGAGACAAGAGCAAGGUGGUCGGUACAGAGGUGGACGUGAUGACUGCUGCCAGUGAGCGGGUCAUAACUCUCCAGAGACAGUUCGACAGCCUGGUAGAGGAGCUGAAACAGUUGAAACAGAAGAUUUAUGAACUUCGGCGAGAGAAUGAGUUCCUGGAGAAGGAGGCACACCAGACCCGGUUAGAGAGUCAAGAGUACACGUCCUACAUGAGCAAGAGGGCACAGAAGAGGCAGAAUCAGAUCAUCAGCCUGACUGAUCAGAACCACUUAGAGCUGGAAAACAUCAAGAAGCAGAAGGAGAAAAUCUUGGCCGAGUACGAGGAGAAGCUCCAAGAGCUGGGGUUAGUGAAGUUGGAGAAGGAAAACGAGUUGGCUCAGAUCAACAAACAGAUUGACAGCCUGGGGGAAUUUAAGGAGCUGAGGGAGAAUCAACUGUCCAGGAUCAGUGAACUGCAGAAGGAGGUGAUGGAGGCGCGGGCAGAACACGCAGAAAAUCUCCACAAAAUCAAAGUGAAUUUCCUGCAGGAGAAAGCCGAUUACAAACAGAAUGCCAUGAAGAUGGUUAAAGCCCUGGAGAAGGAAGCAAACCGGGAGGCCGUCUGCUGCCUGAUCAAACACAUCGAGUUCAUCAAGAGCGAGAACCAGCAGCUUCGGCAGGAGUUGCUGUGCCAGAUCCGGCGUUCCGGUGUUCUGCGGGCUCGCCGCCUGGAGCUGGAGGAACAGCACCAGCAGCUGCUGCGGGAGAAGCAGUACAGCACCAAGCUCAAGAGGCUGCGGUGCAGUCGCCUCAAGAUGCCCCCACCCCCAGAGCCCACUGUGCCCUCCUCAUGAUCCCCACCGUGCCCUCCCUCAUGAUCCCCAUCGUGCGCUCCCUCAUGAUC